CUCGGUCGGGCCCGAGGGGUUUAGGCUGGAGGCGAGGUGGGCGCUCCCUGCCGGCGACGAGCAUCCGCGGCGCUGCGUACCCAGCGCGCCCGUGGGCGCAGCGACCUCGCGAGACCUCAGCCCCACGAGCGCGCGCGGGUGCGCGGCGGCCGCGGCGUCUCCCGAGCGCCUCCAACUGUCGCCGGCUCAGUGGACUCCCGGAGCCCAGGAGCCACGCCAUGCUCCGCCUACUGCUGCUGCUGGCUGGGCUCGGUGGCUUGCUGGCUUCAGGAGCCGGUUCUCAAGAUUCAUUUCUACAAAUUGUAGUUCCAGAGAAAAUCCAAGCAAAUACGAGUUAUAAUUCAGAAGCAGAAAAUGAACAGAUAUCCUAUACUAUUAAAAUAGAUGAGAAGCCAUACACUGUACAUCUUAAGCAAAGUUUUUUUUUAGCACAUAAUUUUAUGGUUUAUUUGCAUAACCAAGGAUCUGUGAAUUCUCAUCCUUCAGAUAUUCAGGCUCAGUGCUACUACCAAGGGCAUAUUGAAGGACAUCUGAAUUCUGUUGUCACACUCAGCACAUGCUCUGGAUUGAGAGGAAUACUGCAGUUUGAAAAUGUUUCUUAUGGAAUCGAGCCUCUGGAAUCUGCAGUUGAAUUUCAACAUCUUCUUUAUAAAUUAAAGAGUGGAAAUAGUGAAUUUGAAGAUCUUAGUGAAGAUAACCAAGGCACAGAACAAAAGCCAGGGGACUAUAACAUUUUUGUAAGUGAAAAGUUGGAAUCAGCUGUUCCAGAUUUAAUUCCUCUUUAUGUGGAAAUGCAUAUUGUGGUGGAUAAAGCUUUGUAUGAUUACUUGGGCUCUGAUAGCAUGAUAGUAACAAAUAAAGUCAUUGAAAUUAUUGGCCUUGUAAAUUCGAUGUUUGCCCAAUUUAAAGUUACUGUUGUGCUGUCAUCAUUGGAGUUGUGGUCAGAUAAAAAUAAGAUCUCUACAGUUGGUGAGGCAGAUGAAGUAUUGCGUAGAUUUUUAAAAUGGAAAAAGUUCUAUCUAACUCUAAGGCCUCAUGAUAUUGCAUAUUUAUUCAUCUAUAGAGAUCAUCCAGGUUAUGUAGGAGCAACAAUUCCUGGAAAGAUGUGUGUUACUCAUUAUUCUGCUGGAAUUGCUUUGUACCCCAAGGAGAUAACAUUGGAGGCAUUUUCCAUUAUUGUUACACAGAUGCUCGGACUCAGUCUGGGAAUGUCAUAUGAUGACACAAAGAAAUGUCACUGUUCAGGAGCAAUUUGUAUAAUGAAUCCAGAAGCUAUGCGAUCAAGUGGUGUGAAGAUGUUUAGCAGUUGCAGUUUGAGUGCCUGAAAUUUCAUUUCAAAUAUGGGUGCCAAAUGUCUUCAGAACAAGCCACGAAUGCGAAAAAGUGCGGUAGCACUCUGCGGCAACGGCAGAGUGGAGAUAGGUGAAGCGUGUGACUGUGGUACUGAGGAACAAUGUGGACCUGCUAGCUGUUGUAAUCCUCGCACUUGUAUGCUGAAACCAGGAUCACAGUGUGCUGCAGGAUUAUGCUGCAGGGACUGUCAAAUUGAAAGACGAGGUGUUCAAUGUAGGGAAGCAAGACAUCAUGAAUGUGAUGUUGCUGAAUUUUGUGAUGGAGGGUCACCAGAAUGUCCAUAUGAUGUAACUAUAAGGAAUGGACGUUUAUGUAGAAACAGAUAUCUGUGUUAUGAUGGAGGCUGCCAGGAUACAAAUGCACGUUGUGAGAUCACAUUUGGAAAAGGUUCAGAAAAUGCACCAUUUGCCUGCUAUGAAGAAAUACACUCUCAAGCUGAUAGGUUUGGGAACUGUGGUAGAAAAAGAGGUGAAUAUCAAUUCUGUGAAUUGAGGAAUCUUCAGUGUGGAAGAUUGGUUUGUACUUAUCCUACUCGAAUUCCUUUUUUCAAAGAAAGUGGUGCUGUGAUUUAUGCUUUUGUUGAAAAUAAGUUAUGUGUAACCCUAGACUACCUGUCGACUCAAUCAAAACAAGAUCCAAUGAGAAUCUCCAGCGGCUCUUUUUGUGAUACAGGAAGGAUAUGUGUAAAUCACGAAUGUGUAGAUGCAACUGACAUUGUAAGUCAGUCAGUCUUUUGUGCACAGAAGUGCGGAGGACAUGGAGUAUGCAAUUCCAAUGAAACGUGCCAUUGCUUUGAGGGCUACCGGCCUCCAUUUUGUGAAAGGCGUGGCAGAGAAGUUUCUAGUUUGUCUGGGAAGCAGGAGGGUUUAACCAUGGGAAGAGCUCUUAGAAAGGCUGAAAAGAACCGGUGGCUUCUAGGUUUCUACAUUGCUUUACCUGUUAUCAUCAUAGCAACCAUAAUAGCUGUUUCAUGGAAUAGUUCAAAAAAGUGGUUUGCCAAAGAAGAGGAGUCCCUAAGUAGCGACUCAGAAGGCAGCACUCACACAUUUGCUAGCAGAUCCGGAUCAGAAAGCAGCAGCCAAACAGAUACAGUCAGAUCCAGGUCAGAAAGUAGUGCUCAAACAUAUACCAGCAGAUCCAAAUCACAGGAAAGCACCCCAAACACCUAACAGCAGUAACUAAUAAUUCCUUCAGAGGACAAUGGAUAUUACAGAGUGUCUCACUGAAAUGAAAAUUCCACCUUUCCUCCC